GAAGAAAUUGCCAAUAUUCCUCCCAACAUCUGCCUGGAGAUAGAUAGAAAUGUAGAGACGGAAAGAUCGAGAAAAGAAAAUUCUUCUGAUAGCUUACCAGGACACAUCCUACCGACCAAGAAUU